UUACACACGAUUCCAAGCCGCAAAAACACACCACUAUUGUACACUCUACAGCCUACCAAGAACCAAAAAUAAAAAAUUAACCUCUUUGCAAUUUUCCAUUGAAAUAUCAUCUUUAAAACUUGAUUCUUUGGCAGCUUCACCUGUACUGUGUCACAGAGCAUUGGGAAUUGCAGAUAAAGAUCCUUAAUGAUCGUUGAAAAGAUAAUGCACAUGGGUGAUCAUAAAAACAGUGAUGGUGCCAAUGAGAAGUCACUGGUAAUUUCAGCCCAGGAAAAAGGAAGUAGGAACAAGAGGAAGUUCUUAUCCGAGUUUCCUCUAGACGUUCCUAUCGAUACUACCCCUGCUCUGUCCCUUACAGAAUUUCCAAGAUACGACUUAUUAGAGGAAAAUGAGAAACAAGGAGUGGAAUCUUUACAGCAUGCUGAUUGGGAUGAUACAAUAGCCUGUCAGCUAAUGGAACUUCUCUUUCACAACUUGUCUGCAACUUUCCGUAGCGCGAUCAAGCGGAUUGUUGAAUGUGGAUAUAGCGAGGAAAUUGCUGAACGGGUUGUUUUGAGGAGCGGCCUUUAUCACGGUAGCAAAGAUGUUGUAUCGACUAUCGUUGAUGGUGCCUUGGCUUUAUUAAGUAGGGAAAAAGAAUUGGAUACCUCUACUGCAUCUCUCAUAUUCGAGGAUUUAAAUAGCCUGGUUGAGUACACGAUGUUGGAGAUGAUAUGUGUGCUGAGGGAGGUUAAGCCAGAUUUUACCGUUGCAGAAGCAAUGUGGUGUCUGUUGAUAUGUGAUUUGAACCUGUUACAUGCAUGUGCCGUAGAAGGAGAUCUUCUAGGCGACUUAUGCAGUUUGGAAAAUCCAAGAGAAAGCUCAUCUGUUUCAAAACUUGCCCAACAAAAGGAGGCUUCUGAAGCGACUCAAUCGGACCUGGAUAAACUACAGUUGUCAAAACCUGCAACGCACUCUGAAGUUCCUUGUGAUGAUGCAGUCACGCAAUUGUCUAAUUCUAUAUACUCACAUCUUCAUGAAAUGGAAAUUACAGUGAAUGGAAGUUCAGCUGUUCUUCCAGUAGCAGGAAGCAAGGCCGCAGGGGUUAGCCGGGAGAAUAUAUCUCUGUCGAAAGCAGCAAUUUUAGAAGACAAAGGCAGUACUGGGAGAAAGGCGUCAUCUCUGAACUCCAAGAAAGAUAUGCUUAGGCAAAAGACAUUUCAUUUUGAGAAAAGCUAUAAAGGUCGUAUGGGUAAGGGUUCCUUCAAAGCGAAACUCACCGCAUGGAGCAGUAUGGUUUUGGACAAGACACUACUGAACUCCGAAUCUUGUUCUUCUGGUCUCGUAAUGAAGGGUACUUAUUCUAAGGUAAUUACUUCAGUUAAAAGCAAUGGCCCUUUAGCUGAAGGCGGUUCUCAUAGUUCAAGCACCACCCCGUCCAUUGCACCUUCAAGUGAAAUUGCUAGUGCGCGAGCAACCCAAGAUACUGUUUCUGCAUUACCUGCUGUAAACACAGCUAUCCCUGCAUCACCAGCCCCGGAACCUAAGUCUUCCUCAAAGACCCCAGGCAGCAGUCCUGCCUCUCCUAAAGUUCUAGACUAUUAUGCUGGUAUCCCAUACGAUGAGUCUUUGGGAAAACAUGUCCCACAAAAUGAGAAAGACGAAACUAUAUUGUUGCGAAUCUCCCGUAUGCAGACACUGCAGAAAGAGCUCCAAGGGUGGACUGAUUGGGCCAAUGAGAAGGUUAUGCAGGCUGCUCGGAGGCUUGGCAAGGACCAGGGGGAGCUCAAAAUUCUGAGGCAAGAUAAAGAAGACGCUGAGAAGUUACACAAGGAUAAGCAAAUGCUGGAGGAAAACAACAUGAAGAGGCUUACCGAAAUGGAGCAUGCGUUGUCAAAUGCCAGUGGCCAGAUUGAGAUGGCUAAUUCUACUCUUCGUAGACUCGAGGUGGAGAAUGCCGUGCUAAAGAAAGAGAUGGAGGCUGCGAGGAUGGAUGCCGUGGGGUCCGCUACGAACUUCCACCAAGCUCUUGCGAGGGAGCAGGAGAUACUGAAGAAGUGCCAAGCAUUGGAGAUGGAGAAGGGUGAGCUGCAGGACGAUUUCUCAAACCUGAAACGAGAAGCAACUCGCUUUGAGCAGGAACUUGAGAGAGCCAAAAAACGCCAGAACCAGUUUAAGGAUCUGUCGCAGCAGCAGAAGAGGGAGAAACAAAGGUUUAUUCAGCAGGCUGAUUCCUUAAAGGCUGAAAGGGUCAAACUCGGAGUUCAGAGUAAAAUGGAGGAGGAUAAUAUUAUAGAAACGGCAGAGAAAAGCAUGCGAAAAUGUAAAGAAGAUAUCCUAAAGCUUGAGAGUGAAAUCUCUCACUUGAGAUUUCAGUCUGAAGGUUCAAAAAUAGAGGCACUCAGAAGAAAUGACAAUUUUGCCCCUGCAAGUGUGAAAAGCGAGAGGGAGUGUGUUAUGUGUUUGAGCGAGGAAAUGACAGUGGUUUUCCUCCCGUGUGCUCAUCUGGUUCUUUGUGAACAAUGCAACGUGCUUCACGAAAAGCAAGGAAUGAACGACUGUCCUUCUUGUAGGACACCAAUUAAGAAGCGGAUUAGUGUUAAAUUUGCUCGUUCUUUUAGACGUUAGCACCUUCAAGAUGGCGAAGGGACAGAGGACAUUUUAUCAAUUCAUAUUGUCCCUUUUUUCGCGGCCUUUGUCAUGCCUUAGCUGAAUUAGUUGAUACAGAAGUGCAAAGGUAUAGAUAGGUAGAAAGUAGUAUUAAAGGAGCGUAGAAUAAGAGGGAACUGCCUGAUGGGCCUGUAAAUUUUUGGUAGAAGUUUAAUUAUCAAGUGUUAGAUCUUAUUGUACUUUGCAGGAAAACUUGGUUCUUUUACAUUACUGAGUUAAUCCUGAUUUUCUCCAAUAUCUUAUGUAUAAUGAGUUCUUUUUGUUUGUUGA